AUGCCCAGCUACACAGGAAAAUGCGUCUGCGGCAACGUCAAGUACAGUGUAUCUCUAGACUCGCCUGAUGAUGCACGAACAUCCCUAUGCCACUGUGGAAGCUGUAAAAGAGCAUUCGGUACUAACUUUGGCCUGACUACAAAGGUUGCGCUCGAGGGAUUCAGGUAUGACGAAGGAAAGCCAAAGUCUUUCAAACAAGAAAACGGCGUCAUUCGUGAAUUUUGCGAUAACUGUGGUGCUUUCAUUUGCGAAUAUGGUUGCUGGCUAGACCACGUUACUUCUGUGCUGAGAGUAUCCCAGGAACAAGCUGCGGACAAGUUUCGGUACAUCAUGUGGGGAACAUUCGACGACCCAGACAAAUUCCCUCCAAAGGGAGAGUUCUUUUGUAAAUAUCGUGCUGGAUGGAUGCCAGAAGUACCAGAUCUCUUCCACAAGAACGAAAUCAAGGAGUAA